GUUUCCCGACAGCAGACAUGAUUGACAGCUUAUAAUACAGAAGCGACAACGUGUAGAGACAAUGUACAGUUUCGUUGAUCACUUGAUUGUGUCAGCAUCUGAUUCAUUAUCAACAGUUUAUUUAAUCAUCAAUAUUGGAUUUUUCAGUAUUUUCUGACAAAGCCAAAGUUUUACAAUUUUUAACAGAUAACAGUUAAGCAGGGAUGAAUGAGAUGCUACUAGGGAAGGAUAUUACACACGGGUCAUUUUUACGGGACGUGUCCUUGCCAGGAUUUUUAUAUUGCCUAAAAUAUCCAGGUUUUGGCUGUUUGCACUGUGCAGAUCGAUCGUUGUAUGACAUUAACGACAGCUAUAGAGAGCAGAGCAGACGGUUCCUUAUGCGUUUUAACAGCUCUCGUGGUACUUUGGCGUCAUUCAAUGAACAGUGCGCAGCGACGCUUCAAGUCGAACCAACGAACGAACACGUGGCCUACACCAGGGUGUGGGUGAGUCAAGUAUGAAGUCCAAAGGAAAGGGGUCAAAGCGGGGCAGACAGUCUUGGGCAGAGCAGGACGACCCAGACUUUACGCUGGAAACAGAGCCAGGUUCCAGCGAGCAGGAGGGUUCAGAGGCGUCCGUGAGGCUGGGAGGGACAUGGAGAACAUUGAGGGGCGAGAGACACGGCGGUUCCCGCGUGGGCACACGUCGCAGGCGGCAGCACGGCAGCGCAAAGGAACGCAACGUCCGCAGGCUGGAGAGUAACGAGAGAGAGAGGCAGAGGAUGCACAAACUCAACAACGCCUUUCAGGCCCUACGGGAGGCCAUUCCUCACGUCAAAACAGACAAGAAACUUUCCAAGAUUGAGACUCUCACGCUGGCAAAGAACUACAUCAAGGCCUUAACCACAAUAAUCCUGGGCAUGUCGAAUGCCUGCCUGCCUCACACCGAGAGUGACAUGGAGACUCAUGCCUCUCGGCUCCUGCAGUGCUAUCAGCAGCAUCUACAGGAGGAGGGAGAGGAGGAUCUGUCCAACUACCUGAGCCACAUUCACAGCUUCAACAAGGGCAGCUAACACAUGCUGCCACAGACUCAGUGAGCGCUGUGUAAAUACAUGCAUGAUGAUGAAUACCAGCUCUGAAGACUAACAAAAGGGUCCAUCUGAAUAACCCUAAGUUU